AGGGAGGAAUUAAUGUAUUGUGUGCUUGACUGCAAUACUGAAUAAAGCACACAGAAAGAUUGCUUUUAUCAUCAGGUAGACAUGAACAACACUGUGGAAGAUGGACUUGAGCCAAAGCUGGUUUAUGCUGUGUUCUUUGGCAGUAUUAUGGCAUUGGGUCUGCCUCUCAAUGCUGUGUCGCUGUGGAUAUUUUUACGCUGCCACAGCCUCAGAUCCCCCACUGCCGUCUUCAUGGUCAACCUGGCAAUCUCAGACCUGCUACUCGUCAUCUCCUUGCCCAUGAGGGUCUACUUUUAUGCCACAGGCACCUGGCCUCUGAGCGCUCAGACAUGUAGGGCGGUCACAAUGCUCUUUCGCAACAACAUCCGUUCCAGCGCCAUCUUCAUCACCUUCAUCAGCGUGGACCGGCUGCUGGCUGUGGUUUAUCCUCUGAGGUCACGCCAUCUUCGAACCUCUUCCAGCGCCUGGAAAGCUGCUGCGCUCGUUUGGCUGAUUGUGUCGGUGGUGAACAUUCCAGAGAGCAUGGACUUUAAAAGAUUUUUAAACAACCUCACUGAAUCCUCCUGUUUUGAAUUUAGUCAGCCGCGUAGAUCCCCAAUUGCUUUUUUUCAGCCUGUGCUGAUGUUCAUCUUGCUGGCAGUCAACAUUGUGUGCACCGCUUUGGUGUCUUGGACUAUACACAGACAUCUAAAUGAGUCUGCAAGGAUCAACAACAAGGUGAAUGUCAUGCUGAUUUUUGUCAUGAGCUUGGUUGUGUUCACCAUAUGUUUCUUGCCUCUGUCUGUUGGUUUACUUAUAAUUUGGACACCUGCAAUCACGCCUUUAAUAUGUCUUGCUACUUUAAACUGCUGCCUGGAUCCACUGGUGUAUUACUUUUCUCUGGAUGCCUUCUGGAAGAAAAAAGAAGAUACAGAUAUUGCAAGAGAACAGUAGACAAAAGAUGUUAUUUUCAUGAGAUGGCAUCAGAUUUCAGAAUCAGAAUCAGAAAUACUUUAUUGAUCCCCAAGGGGAAACUCUUUCGCUACAGCUGCUCACUAUCACGUCAAUGCACACAGGAAUAGAAGUACUAAAAGUUCCUAUGUGACACUCUGAUUUCCUUAUUUUUUCAGCAGGGUGCCGGAUGCUCAUUUUGCUUCAAGUUUGACAGUGUGAUGGAUUUGAUCAAAAAACCAACAAUGAUCAUCUAUUUAACAAAAUGUUUGUAAAACUUAGAGAUCCAGUAAGAGAUAGGGAAAAGCUAGGCUUGUAAUGUCACGCUUAAUUCAGGAGAAAUUCUGACUCUUUUAUUUUGCGAAAUACGCUUAUUUGUUUUCUUGCUGAGAGUCAGAUGAGAAAAUGGAUACCACUCUAUGUCUUUACGUUAAAUAUGAAGCUACAGCCAGGAAGAUGGUAUGCUAAUUUAGCACAAAGACUGGAAACCAGCGGACACAGCUAGAUUUGUGUGUUUUCAUGUUUUUCAUGUUGGUUUUCUAGCAGUUGAGAAAGAAAGCGCACCAAAGGUUUUGGGUGAAAAACAGGACAUAACUCAUUUUAGCAUCAUCCUUUUCUCAUUGUAUCUUUUGAUUGUUUUGUGUCAUAACACUGUUUGACUCUCCUAUGUGUUCUGAAUGUUAUAAAUCAUUUGAUGUGA